GAGACACGGCCAUUGUAUUGAGACCAGAGACCAGUCAGGAAUCUUCACUCUUCUCUCAUCUUCCUUGAGUCUGAUUUUAAGAGAGGAGCCGUAACUCUCGGGAAGAUCUAACGUUAGAGACUUUGGCUGUAGAUAACAGCAGGUAGAGAGCUUUUGGAGUUAUUACAAAUUUUCCCGCAGGAUUUUGAGGACUGAAGGACGGUUAAUUAUGGAUCCAGCAUCUCUUCCAGUUGUUAAUGAACAGGUGCUGAACUCAUCGGGCAGAGUGUGUCUGCGCCGCUUCCUCUGUUACGGCUCUGAGAGCGCCACAUACAGCACUAAACAGUGUCCUCUGGGUAUGGAGAACGCCCUGUCCCUGAUGCAGUUCAUCGAGGGGGGGCGAGGCUGUGAGGUGAUUGAGGAGAUCAGACGCCUGAAUCUGGAGGGCCGCGCUGUCCGUCCCAACCCCAGCCUCUUCGCCCUGGCUGUCUGCUCACAUCAUGCAGACUGCAAGACCAGGCAGGCCGCCUUACGAGCGCUGAAGGAACUGUGUCGCACGCCCGAGCAGCUCUUCACAUUUGUGCAGUAUAAGAAAGAUCUGAAAGAGGGCUCUGGGAUGUGGGGACGAGCUCUGCGGAGGGCCGUGACUGAUUGGUACAACAGCCAGGACGGUAUGAGCCUGGCGCGGGCCGUGACCAAGUGCAAGCACAGGGCAGGCUGGUCCCACCAGGACCUCCUCAGGCUGUCCCACAUGAAGCCAACCAAUGACGCUGUUGCUCUGGUUUGCAAAUACAUCACAAAAGGAUGGAAAGGGGUUCAGGAAGCGUAUGGUGAUAAAGAGAUCUCCGAUGAUCUGCAGAAGGUUUUUGGAUAUCUGGAAGCUGUGGAGAAAGCCAAACACUCGACUGAUGAGCAUGAGCUUGUUCAUCUUAUUGAGGAGCAGAUGCUGGAAAAAGAGCAUGUUCUGACCAACCACCUGAAGUCCAAAGAGGUAUGGAAAGCAUUGCUAAAGGAGAUGCCAGUGGUUGUUUUAUUGAAGCAUUUGGGUAAGUUGACAGCAGACAAGGUUCUGGCACCAGGAAGUCCGGAUGUUGCAGCUGUUUGUGAAAGGAUUCAGGAUGAGACUGCACUGAAAAAGGCAAAAACACAGCCAUUCAACAUUCUUGUGGCAUCUGAAAACUAUAAGAGAGGUCAUGGGAAGCGUAGCAAACUGAAAUGGGUGCCGGACGGAGACAUUGUUCAAGCCCUGGGCUGCGCCUUCUGCAAAACUAUUUCAACCGUGGAGGCCACAGGCAAGCGCUUUUUGGUGGCCGUUGACGUAAGUUCUUCUCUGAGCAGCGUGACUCACGGCAGCUCCAUCAGCACUGUGGCAGUAGCAGCGGCAAUGUGCAUGGUAAUUGCACAAACGGAACUAGACGCACAGAUUGUGGUUUUCUCUGAAGGAAGUGUUCUUCCCUGCACUGUCUCUUCUGAUAUGACACUUAUGCAAGUAGCAGCACAACUCAUCCAGACUCCUGGUGGCAGUACAGACUGUGCCUUACCCAUUACUUGGGCCUCAGAGAAUGAGAAAACUGUAGAUGUCUUCAUCAUUUUCACCAAUAAUCAAACCCUUGGGAGGGAAAAUCCAGCAGACACACUGAAGAAGUAUAGACAAAAAAGUGGUUUAUUUUCCAAGCUGAUUGUGUGUGGAAUGAUUUCCAACUCGCUGUCCAUCGCUGACCCUGAAGACCGUGGCAUGCUGGACAUCUGCGGCUUUGACUCGCAAGCAGUCGAUGUCAUCCGUAACUUCGCACUUGAUGUCAUUUAAAAUCUUUUAGGGUUUGUAGCAUGCAGCCAGUUUUCUGAACGACAAGAAGACAUUGAUGCACCCCACAUCAACAUGCAGUUUUUGCAUAUUAAUUAGAUAAUCAUGCCGUUUGUCUAUACAGCCUGGAAUCAAGUCCUAGUGUAAUUCAAUAUCCAGCAGGCUGGAUUACUGUAGUUGAAGGGGAAAACAGGGGAGAAAAUUAAUGAAGUAACUGAUCUUUAUUCAGUAUAGCUAUGUUUUUUAAACCUGGUCUAAUGAAAUGUUUGCUUCUUUAAUGUCUUUUACACAGUUUUUAAGUUAUAAGCUCAUGUGUAUCACUGACCUUCAUUGGAAGUAAUGUUCUAUUUUUUAGAGGCCUUGCUCAUUGCGUGGUCUUCCUUCAUGAUUUGUUCUGUGUAAUGAGUUGUUAUAUUAUAAUAUUAUAUAUAAUAAUAUCAUAUUACACUUUGAGCUGAAAGUGCACCGAUAGCUCUUCCACUCAAAUAUCCAUGUAGCCUGUUUACACGACAACGAUGUACUAAAAAUGGGAACGUUUUUCCUUUGCGUUUUUUGUGUACAGGCGACAACAUUGUCGAAAUGGUCCCCAUUCAUACAGACCCCUGUCACUUUGUAAAGAAAUAGUACACACCCAUAAACACAAUACGCAUAUGCAUGACAUCACUGUUUUCAUAAAUUCGCAUUGGUGCAGUUUUCAAAAACUUUCACUUUGAAACCUGUUUUCAAAAGUUUCAUUUUCAUUGACCAAAUGAAUGACCAAAAUGCAUAAAAAGUUUCCUUUUUUAGUUGAAAUAAGUGUUGUGUAAACAAUGUUUAAUGUUAAAAUACCUCUUGUUUUUGUGGUCCAAUAACUUGAUAUUUGACAUAUGAACACAAAUAACUACUUUGUAUGAUAGAAGAGAGGCUUCACAUUUCAGUCUAUUUAAGACUUAAAUUAAUAUUUUACAGUUAACUGUAGUGCACUUUUAAACUUAAUAUAUGUACACAAACAUAUACAGAUAUUCCAAAUUUGAGAGAAAAAGAGGUAAAUGCAUUGAAUCCAUUGUAAAUAGAUCUUGCUUCUAGAUUCAUUUAUGUGUAGAAAGUUUCCUUUUUGCAUUUUCUGUUGCUCUUUGUAAGGUCAAAUUAAGGUUUUAAGUUUGCUAACGCUGCUAUAAUAAUUAUGUAAAGGAAAUGUAGGCACAAACUAACAAACACUAAAAUGUCUGUAGACAGUUACUACCUGUUACAUUUGAGAUGUAAAACUGAAUGUACCUUUUGUUCUAUUUGUGUAAUACUAUUAUGUUCGUUUAGAUGUAGACCUCUUGGGAUAAAUAAGUAUGACAAAUAAUGAAAGACUUUGGAUGUUAAAAAUUGAGGAUACAAAUAGAAAUUCAUUUGCUAUGGUUUUAUUAAAUUUGUUGAUUUAGUAAAGGAUAGCAAGUUACCAAAGUUUAUUUAUAAUUUUUGUUUGCAUUUAAUACAUUUAAUAUUCAAUACAUUUAAUAUCAUAAGGUGACCUUAUAGUGUUUAUUAGCACAACACUAUAAAAUAAUAGAAAACGGAAAGCAUAUGUCUUUAAAGCCAAAAUUUUCCUCUUGCCAAUUAGAUUGUCUAAAAAGGUUUUUUUCCUUUUUAUAACACACUAAUUAUGAAUUAAUAAAGAGCCAUUUGAGAGUAA